ACUAUGCCUCUAUGGGGUUUUCCACUCAGACCACAUGACUUUUCACAUCCUGACAUCUAGUGGACUGAAUAAUCUGUUGAAGAACCUGAGGCCUCGCAGUGGCUUCAUAACCUCAGUAAUACGGUGAACACCAGCACCGAGAGGAGCAAACCUUACUAACAGCAGUUCAGAAGACAGCAGAAUACCAAUUUUAUGAUUUUCAAGAUACAGAAUGAAGAACUGCUCAUGUCCAUAUAUCAGCUUUGACUUUAAAAGCAGAUUUCUGCCUCCAGUCUUCAUCUUGGUGUUCAUCAUCGGACUGGCAACUAAUGGAUGGGGACUGAAGUCGUUGCUGCACAAGUGGAAGAAACUGGGGAUUGUCAAUGUCUUUGUUCUUAAUCUUGGACUUGCAGAUAUUUUGUAUCUGCUCACACUCCCAUUUCUGAUGGUGUACUACUUCAGGAAAGGUGAAUGGAUCUUUGGAGAUGCGUUCUGCAAGAUAACAAGAUUCUGCUUCAACCUGAAUUUGUACGGCAGCAUCGGCUUCCUCACCUGUAUAAGUGUGUACAGGUACCUGGCUAUUGUCCAUCCACUGAGAGUGAUGGGAAGAUUAACUGUCACCCACUCUGUGACUAUCUCAGUCAUGGUUUGGCUGUUGGUGAGUGUUCAGAGUCUUCCAGACAUGUUCUAUGUUAAAACAACGAACAAAAACAACACCGAGAACUGUUUUGACACCACCUCAAAAGACUACGUUGAGGAUUAUCUGAGAUACAGUCUUGGAUGGACACUCACUGGAUUUCUAAUCCCCCUCCUCAUCACACUGGGCUGCUAUGGACACGUGAUUGUUGUUCUCUGUCACACAAACACCACAGACAAGGUACUGAAACAAAGAUGCUUGAAGUUGUUGUUCAUCUUGAUUCUUCUUUUCUCUGUAUGUUACAUCCCCUUCCAUGUACUGAAGAACCUCAACCUCUGGUCAAGAGUUCUGUCCAAACAGUGUAUAUGCCAUGAAUGGUCUAAUGGAGUCUACAUCGCUCAGCAGAUAAGUCGAGGCCUUGUGUGUCUGAACAGUGCUCUCAACCCUCUGGUUUACCUCCAUGUAAAUGAAGAUAUUUGUGCUCAGCUCAGACAGCUGCGAGAGCGAGCUCGUCAGGGUGUUACAUGGCUACCAGUCACCCCUAGUGAAGAUCCUCCGACGUAAAUUUAAAAUGUGUGUUUGAAAUGGAGCAGCUGCAUCAUCAUUGGACUGGGUCAAGAUUUUGACCUAACCUUGUCGCAUUGCUGUUGACAUGCUCAAAAAGGCUCAUGUCAUGUUAAAAUAAUGUACUUAAACAAAAGUAAUGGACCAUGUGUCAUGUUUGUGCAUGAAAUUUCAGGUGUGACCUGAAAUGUUGUAAAAGGAGAAGUUGGUGGUGUGAACGCGUGUAGAUAAACAGGAUGCAAACGCUAUGAGAUUUCCUGACUGCCACAGAUCUAUAUCAACUGCAGUUACAGGUAUGUAUACAGCAGAGGAAGCUGAGAGACCACAAGCAAAGAGCAACUGAGUACUUUCGAACAUGCACAGUUGUAUACUGACACCUUUCAUUUUCCUGGUCCCUCAGGAGCAGACCUGCAAAGCAGUGCUGCUUGUGGCAUUUAAUGAUUUCUCAUGAUAAAGUUGUAAAAAAUACAAAAAAAAAAAUCCCUGAACACCCAACACUGAGUCCACUGAUUCCAUUUUGUAUCAUACCUGCUAACUUACGUCUUAGCAACUGGUAAUCACACUGUGAAAAGAUGCCUCAUGAGUAAAAGAAGGUUUUGAAGAUAGAUUUCAGGGGGACACAAGGAAUACAUCCCCCUCACUAUUUAGAACAUAUUAGUCCCUCCCAAAUGAAAAUAUUUAAAAAGUAAGAACUUCAUGUUGAAAAAUUCUUCAGUGUUUACUCACUGAUGCAACAAUAUCUCCAACAGAGACAGUUCUUUUUUCUUAACCAUACUGAUUUCAGACAUGUGUGAUAUAUUUUGAAAGUGCUGAAAGUUUUGAACAUAAGCAGAAAUCUUGCUGAAAUGCAUUUUUUUCAGAUAGGACACUGUGUCAGAUUUAACUGUUUAUUUCAGAAUGACAUACAUUUGUGUCUGACUCUGCUCAAGUGAUGCUCUGAAGCCAAAAUAACAACAAAAACAGUACAAACAAAAAAACAGCAUUCACAACAAAAACAAAGGAUUCAUAUUAUAGAAAAUCCCUGUUUGUUUGUUUUUUUUUUAGAAUAUAAGUAUGUCUCCCCUUGUGUGUCUCACAAAAUAUGAGAGACAACCAUCCCCUUCUUUCCUUGCUUGCUGCAUAGACUUGAAUGUUUGUCUCAGAACAAGCUGUUCAAGUUGGCAGGUUGUUGUGAUGUCACAACAUGACAGGCACCGCCCCCAGCUGGCUCCUCCUCCUGCUCUGGGAUCCUCUCUGCCUCUCACUGAACAGAGGAGAGUGUGCUCCCAUAUCCAUUCUUCCAUUCUAUGAAGCUGGCGA